GAUCUGACUCAGGAGAAUCAUGGCAACGACAAGGCUGGGGCUUAUUCCCUGAUUUCCCCUCACCGAGAAUUCACUUUUUCAUCAUCGGUGUGUGUUUUGUGGGCGCUGAGAAGCUUCAGAGAAGUCUUGACUAUUUUGGAAGUGAGCAAAAAGAUUAUUUUUUUUCUCCUUCUUACUACUUGGAGAGAGAGGGGGGACAUUUUUGGGAAGCCGUGUAAUUUUUUUCCCCCCACUGAAGCUGAUCUGGCUGCAGACAGAGGAGAGAUCAGUCGCAGAGGGCAGGAUGGUGCUGAACACAAUGCGUUCCUAUACGGAGCUGUCUGUGGUGCUGAAGCUGCUCUUCGCUUUCCUUCUCUGCGUCCUCCCAGCUCGGGGACAGAAUGACACAGAACCUAUAGUCCUAGAAGGAAAAUGCUUAGUCGUGUGCGACUCCAACCCUACCACUGACACCAAAGGAUCUUCAUCUUCUCCCCUUGGGAUCUCUGUGAGAGCUGCUAACUCCAAGGUUGCCUUUUCAGCUGUUCGGAGCACCAAUCAUGAGCCCUCCGAAAUGAGCAACAAAACUAGGAUUAUCUAUUUUGACCAGAUCUUAGUAAACGUCGGUAACUUUUUCACUCUGGAGUCCGUGUUUGUUGCCCCAAGGAAAGGCAUUUACAGCUUCAGCUUUCAUGUCAUAAAAGUUUAUCAGAGUCAGACUAUACAGGUAAACCUGAUGCUUAAUGGAAAACCAGUCAUUUCAGCAUUUGCUGGGGACAAAGAUGUCACUCGUGAAGCAGCCACAAAUGGCGUCCUUCUAUAUUUGGAUAAGGAAGACAAGGUUUAUCUGAAACUGGAGAAAGGUAAUUUAGUCGGUGGCUGGCAGUACUCAACAUUCUCUGGCUUUUUGGUAUUUCCCCUGUGAAAUCUCAGAGAACGGCGCAAGUUAAGGACAGUGGACACAACUUAGACUCUGUUCUCUGGAGAUCAUAUCUGUCAUCGAUGGAUCGUUGUUUAUUGGUUUCUCAUAGGUGAUUAUGGAUAAUACUUUAAGGCUUUCAGUCCUCUCACUGAAGUGCAAUGACAUUUCCACAGGAAAAAAAAAAAUAUUUUGUGUGUAUUUAGUAUAUUUGGAUUAAACCUGAGAAUAAAUUGUAUCUAUAUCUAUAUGCCAAUGUUACAUUUUAAAGAUGCCUGCAAGAUUUAUUCAGAUUUUAUUUAUGGGAGAUGCUGUUGACCAUCAAGGAGACAAUGGAUUCCUGUGAUCCGAGGGACAAAAAGGGACACAAAUUGUUUAGCCUUUUUUUUUUGUUGCAGUCUACAAUCAACUGUUUUGCUGCUUCUAUACAUUCUGUAGUUGAUUUUAGUUUUUUGUAGUCUGGUAUCGUUUUGUUUGGCAAUCGCGAUUUUAUACCAUGGGGAGGCAUUACUAAAACAAAUGAAUGGAUAGACAUUUUUUUGGUCUCAUUUACUGGAUGUAUUAUGUCUUAAAGGAGAACUCAACCCCCCAUUAAUAAAAACCCCUACCCAGUACCCUACAUAGUCCCCCUCAUAGGUGAUAACACCUAUAAGUGCCCCUAAUCCUUUACUAAGUGCAGCGUAAGUGCACCGAAGCUCAUGGGCGCCAUCUAAGUGCAGAGUAAGAGCAGCGGAGCUCAUGGGCGCCAUCUAAAUGCAGCGUAAGCGCAGCGGAGCUCAUGGGCGCCAUAUAAGUGCAGAGUAAGCGCAGCGGAGCUCAUGGGCACCAUCUUCUGGCUCUUCAGUAUUCUUCGGGUUCCCCUUCGGGAAUUUAGUCACUUUUGGCGCAUGUGCAGUCGCUACAAACUGGAAGACUGCGCCAUCUGCGCAUGCGCCAAUAUGACGUUCACUUCCCAAAGAAAUCAGAAGAGCCAAAAGAUAGCGCCCAUGAGCUCCACUGCGCUUUCUCUGCAUUAGGGGUAUUUAUAGGUGUUAUUACCUAUGCUGGGGAGCAGGGAAAGGCAACUAUAUAGGGUACUGGGUAAGGGUUUUUAUUAGUGGUGGGGGGGGGGUUGAGUUCUCCUUUAAGUCCAAAGUCAGUUUCCCGUCAGUGGUGCAUUCCAGUUUGUGGAAGAGUUUAUAACUAUUUUAACAGAUAGAUCAUAACAUUGAAUGGAAAUAAAGGGGGAAGAAAAAUGCUUAGCUGACUUAAAGCGAUCUAUCUUGCAAAGCUCUGCACAAUAGCAAAGCCCUGCAGGACGGCGCACUCCUAAUCCUCCACCUUAAUUAGCAUGAUUGAUAUUCCACGUUUCAUUUGAUACCUGGGGAUGUUUUCUGAAGGCAGAAGAAGCACUUCAUUAGCUCGGGUCCCGAUGUUGAGAAUUUAACUAUUGCCACAUACACUAUCUGUUUGAUGCCUUAAAAUUCUGAACUGUAUAAUGUGGAUCGGUUGGAAAGGAACUGUUCUAUCUUCGGAGAUAUUAUUCCACUGGGGGGGGGGGUGCGCAGGGAUGAAUUCAUGAAACAGCUUUCUGACGAUACCUGUCGGUGUCAGUGUAACAUAAUAAAGGUUGAAAUGUC